AUGGCGGCCACGUGCCAGCAGCAUGGUUCACUCCCACUGCACACGUCAGCCACCAACGUGUCCCCUGCAUCGCUGAUGUCAGCUCUGGGGUCGCUCCAGGGCAAGAUCGCCGCGCUGCAGCUGCUGAUUCCGCUGGUGGCGCAGAGCAGCCCCGAACCCGCCGUGCGCGAGCAGCAGGAGGCGGCGGCGGUGGGCGUCGCGGCGGUGAUUCAGCAGGUGGCGCUCGCCGCCGUGGGGCUGCUUCCGCCGCGCUUGCAGGCGCAGCUUCUGCUGCCCGACAUCGCGGGGGUGGUGCGCGCGGAGCAGAUUCGCGCGAAGCAGGAGCAAUCGGCGCAGCAGUACGCGGAGAUGGGGAAUGCUGAUCAGUCCGCGGAGAAGCGGGACGAGGCGGAGGCGCAGGGGCAAGCGGAGGCGGAAGGGGUCCAGCAGCCGCACAUGCAAGAGGCGAUGAUGAUGGCUCUGGCGCAAGCGCUGCAGCUCCAGGAGCAGCAGCAGCAACAGCAGCAGCAAGAGCCGCAGCAGCAGCAGCACGAGCAGCAGCAACCAGCGCUGCCCACUGCUCCCUCGCCUCCGCCGCUGCUGUCGCGAUGUCGCUCCCCCUGUUUUCACCCGUCGCCGCUCCCCCUUCAGCCGCGCCUGCGCCUGCUGACCCUCUGCGGGGCCUACUGCGGCCCCUCUCCUUCCCCACCCUCCCCCUCCCCUCGCUUCCCCCGUUUCCGCCGCAGCAUCCGGAGCUGGCGCCAGCACAGGGGGAAGACGACGCUGAGGAGGCAGCGCGGCAGCAAGCAGCGGCGGCGGGGCUGGGUGGGGAGCGGAAGGCGUGCGUGGGGGGAGUGGAUGAUAGUGGAGCUGCGGGUGGCAGAACUCUCCAACGAUCAGAUGCACUUCUGUGACGCCUGCGGCAAGGGCUUUAAGCGCGAGGCCAACCUGCGCAUGCACAUCAAGGCACACGGCCGCAUGAACCCCAUGCACCCAGCAGCGUCUCCUCCCCCACUCUCCUCCUUCCCUUCGUCGACCCCAGUGGAUCCAGCACAGUGCCGCUUCAGUGCCUGCCCAGUAGCGGGGUGCAAGCGGCACCGGGAGCAUGCGGCCUUCCAGCCGCUCAAGACGGUGCUGUGUGUGCGCAACCACUACCGCCGCUCGCACUGCCCCAAGCUGCUCGCGUGCUCGCGCUGUGGCGGCGCCAAGCGCUUUGCGGUGCUGGCGGAUCUCUGCGCACGCAUGAGAAGCACUGUGGCCUCACCAGCUGGACCUGCUCCUGCGGGUCGCGUUUCAGGUGAGCGCUUUGAAGCCUCCUCACUGGGCAGAUGCUUCCGCAAGGACAAGCUGAUGGCGCACCUGGUCACCUUCAUCGGCCACUCUGCCGUCUCACGGGGACAACAACCUGUGUGA